UAAUGAAUCAGUUUUCUAAAUUAUUUAUUAUACUUUAUGAACAUAUUUGCAAAUCAAUAUAUAGAUUGUAAGGAUGAUUGGGAAGAAAAAAGCACAAGCGCAGAAGAAAAAGAUGAUGAAACUUUUUUUGAAAUCGAGUACAAUUUAUUUAAAUAACUUAAGUGUAAAACCAAAAAGAUAGAUAUUUGAAACAAAAGAAUAAAAAAAACAGUUUAUUGAAGAAUAUACAAAAAAAAAGAAAACUGAACUUUGUAAAAAUUAUGAAGCUUUAGGAUAUUGUAAAUUUGGAUUAGAAGUAUGAUAAUAUUCACUAUUCAUUUUUAGUGUUCCUUUGCACAUGGACAAGUAGAAUUAUAACCUAAAAUUCAUUUACAUUAAAAAUAUAGGACUAAACCUUGUACCAGAUAUUUUAAUCAAGGAUUUUGUCCUUAUGGGAUUCGUUGCCAAUAUUAACAUAACAACAUUAUUAAUCAUUAAGAAUUCGACAGAUAUUUAUUAAAUUGUUACAAACUUAAUGGAAUGAAACCUCCUAUCUCUUAAAGUAAAUUUUAAUUCUAUUUAGAAUUUUUAAAAACUCAGGAAAGAUUGGAUGUUUAAAGAUUUUAAUAGAUUUUUAAUAACUUUUAAAAGCAAGGACUAACUAUUCAUAUUUAUUAGAGGUCUAAGUUCUUUAAAAAAUUAGAAAACUAGUACAAUUAAACUAUCUCAUAAUGA